AUGAUCACCGGCAUCGGUGAGGGUAUUGCCAAAUUGUUUGCACUAUUGGGCGCCCGAGUGGUGGUCACCGGUAGAAACGCAUCGCGCAUACAGAGUGUUGCCCAAGACGUCCAACAGCUGUCGCCGCAACGACUUAAGCCCCUGCAAGUUGUAGCAGAUCUUAAGGUUGACGCCGAUAUUGAACGUUUGGUAAAGACCACGAUUGAUACCUAUGAUCGUAUUUAA